UAGACUCAUAAACUUUGAACGAAGCAGUGGCCUCAUCGUCAUCGCAACUCGUAUCAAUUCUCAUGUCUUCCAAAGCAAUAAACUAGCCUCAAAUUACUUGCACAAACAAUAAAUUAGAAGUAUUAAUAAAAUAAAAAUGUUUCGUGCUCUAAUAAUUGGAGCACCAGCUGCUGGCAAAGGCACAAUCUCAAGCCGGAUCGUCAAAACAUUCAAUCUCGUGCAUAUCUCGAGCGGCGAUAUCUUGCGAAAAAAUGUCACGGCGAAAACGGAAUUGGGCAAACAAGUCCAAAAGUUCAUUGAUAGCGGCAAUCUUGUGCCUGACGAAGUAAUGACGAAAUGCAUCUUCAACGAGCUCGACAAUUGUGCCGACAAAAAUUGGCUCCUCGAUGGAUUUCCCCGUACUGUCGUACAAGCGGAGCAACUUCAUGCCAAACAGAAACUUGAUGCUGUGAUCAACUUAAUUGUGCCCUUUGACAUUAUCAUUGAACGUGUGAAAGGACGAUGGGUCCAUCCGGGCAGCGGACGCGUUUAUAAUACGGACUUUAAUCCGCCAAAAGUUCCGGGCAAAGAUGACGUCACUGGCGAGAAUUUGGUGCAGAGAGCCGAUGAUCAGCCGGAGAUGGUCCAACAACGUCUUGAUUUGUAUGAAAAAUUGACAAAACCCGUGCUCGGCUUCUACUGCGACAAACAUUUGCUGACGAACUUCCGUGGCAACACGAGUGACGAAAUUUGGCCGCAAGUUAAGCAAUUCUUAGAAAGUAAGAUAAAAUAAAUGAAACACAACUGAGAUGACAUCAAA